AUGAGCAUUCAAUUGGGCGAUCAAUUUAUUGUGCAUCUUAGUGAUAUUGCAGAGGACUUGAUAGUAGUAGUAGGGUCAUUCUCAUAUCUUGUUGAUUUUGUUAUUCUUGAUAUUAAUGAGGAUGUGGAUGUGCCUUUAAUUCUGGGUAGACAUUUUCUCGCCACUGCUAAGGCUCUUAUUGAUGUUAAUGAUGGUAAAGUGAUUUUGAGGGCUGGGGUGAACAAAUAUGUUUCUGAUAACAUGAAACACCCCCAGCUCCAUGAUGAUUUAGAUUACUACGAUGUGGUUGCCGAUUUUGAGACCGCACUCGCCAUCACGAGUGUGGGUACUAGUGAUUUCCUCGAGCGUUGUCUUUUGCUAGGGGAGCAAGCAUCACACAAGAUGCAGUUGGAGGAGCAGCUAGCAGAGCUAAAGGGUGAUGCGAUCGAGGGGAAAAAUUAG